CGAUCAACCCGUUGAUUUUCCGCCACCGCCGCCGCCGCUCAACAACAACAAUAAUAAUAAUAAUAAUAAUAAUAAUAAUAAUAAUAAUAGUAAUAACAGUAGUAAUAGUAAUAAUAGUAAUAAAUAAAUUAAAUUAGUCCGAUUAGCGUUUCCGUGUGCCAAACCGCGGUGGUUUUCCGUGACAGCAACACUCGACUGGACGCGCGCGCGCAACGGUCGUUCGAGCGUCCCCGAAUUCCGAUCGGUGUACGUACGCUUAUAACAUUAUAUCGUUUUCCGUUAAUUGAAUGUCGUCGGUCGCCGUGUGUCUAUGAUGCCCACGAGAACCGAAAACGGCAUCGCCAGACAUCAAAUACUGGCCGCCGUGGACGUCAGCGUCGGAGAACGCCAAUGGAACUUGGUGCCAUCCUGAUCUAUUAGGCGGACUCGUUCGCCAGGUCCACCGCAACAAAAGUGCUUCCCGAGUGUUUUGUUAAUUCGUUAAAUAGUAUUAAUUAUUAUAUGAUAUAUUGCUCUUUUUUUUUUUUUCAAUUUUUACCUACCGUCGGUACCUAGUUGUGUUAUAUUAUGUAUUUGUUUUGUUUCUGUGCUUAGACUUAUGUGAUUUGUAAUACAAAUAUUAGCGAGGUUGUGAAUUUUUAGUUAGUAUGUGUUCAGUAAAGUGAUAUGUCGGUGCGUUUGUCCAGCGGGUGUCUGCCCGCUAAUGGUGAGAAACCACCUCCACCCUCAUCAGAUAAGAUCGAUUCCAAUGGUCAACAGAACAAUUUGCAGGACCAUCAGCAACUACAGCAACAACCUAGAAGUAAUAGUAUGGACUAUUUGAACUUCGAGGAGAAAAGACAAAUAAUUGCGUCUUCCUUGUCAUUAACGGAUUUCUUACACACUAGUGGUACAGCKACUACUCCAACAUCACCAACUACUGGAAAGUUUAUAAUUGCCAAGAAGCAAAAUGGUACAGCACUUCGAACUAAUAGCUUAGGAUCAGGAACACGUACCAGUCCAUUACAAUUGGAUCGAAAACAACCAAGCAAGUUUUCUGCACUAGGUAAACUUUUCAAACCAUGGAAAUGGAAACGAAAAAAGAAAUCGGAAAAAUUUGAAACAACAUCUAGAAAUUUGGAAAGGAAGAUCUCAGUGCGAGCAAAUCGAGAUGAAUUAAUCCAGAAAGGAAUCCUGUUUUUAGAUAGUCCAAUGGCUCAAACACAUACGAUCUCUGAAUCAGAUAAUUCACCCCAACUAAAUCAAACUUCAAGUGGAACAACUACUUGUGUUACCGUCACUUCUAAUAUUGGUUCGUCAAUGCUUUUCCAACAGCAACAAAAUAGAUAUUCUAACCAAUUUAUGAAUGACUUGAACAAAGAUAACAAGACUGAAACGGUGCAAGGCCAUAAUGAGCCAGUAGAAUUAAGUUUUGAGCAGCAGCAGCAACAACAGCAACAGCAGCAGCAACAACAACAACAACAACAACAGCAGCAGCAGCAGCAGCAGCAGCAGCAUGUAGCUGAACAGCCAAGUAGCUCAAAACCUGAACGACCUAACUCACUCACGGGUCCUGGUGGCACGCUCACCAGACGCCUGUUCUGUUACCAUGCACCUAAUCAGUCCCUAUUGGUAGGAUCAGGUCAGUCACCUACCAGGCCUCCAAAUUCACUAUUGCCAUCAGGUUGUGAAUCUCCAAAGUUAAAUUGUGAUAGGACAUCUUCAAUGAUUAUGCCUGGACAAAAUAUGUCUCAGAUGGCCAGUGGUGGUAGGACAGGCUAUUAUCAUUCCAGCCCUAGGAUGAUGUAUAACAAUCAUUCUGGGCAUUCAUUAAUGCUUUCUGAUUUGCCUGAACCCCCUAUUCCGGUGUCUGAAGUUGGUCCAAUACCUCCACCACCCAUGUUCAGCUCACCAGCUCAACAACCAUACUUAUACCAACAUAACAAUCGUCAAAAUCAUCGUGCCAAUGAUAACAAUGAUGAGGAAAUGGAAAUGGCCACCAAUGAAGAUGAUUAUGAUGAUGAUGACUAUGAUGAAGAAGAAGAAGAUGAUGAUGACGAUGAAGAAGAAGAAGUAGAUGAUGAUGACGAUUCUAAUGGAUUUAGAAUAAGAAGUCGUCACAAUUUUCCUAGUCAUAUAGAGCAGAUUCCUGCUAAAGAACCUGUUUUUAAUGCACAGCCUCUCAAGUCAGCACUGAAAAAACCAUCAACACCUAAUCAAAAUCAAGAAUCAUCACAGUUGCUCAACAGAAGGGCUCCACUUAAGCCUAGGAUACGUUUUUGUGGUGCUAAUCGUCCAGUAGUGUUUGGAAUUUCACUACCUUGUUCAUUACAAGAGAAUAAAGAAAAUGCUAGGCCUAAUGAGUCUAGUGAUGAUGACAGUUCUGGCGAUGGACCUAUAUUGUACAGAGAUGAUAAUUUAGACAAUCGAUUGGCCGAAAAAAUUGCAAGGAAAGAUAGCCUUGCUAUUAAAUUAGCUUUGCGUCCCAAUCGACAAGAGCUCAUUAAUCGUAAUAUUCUUCAAGUUCAGAGUGAUAAAGAGCGACAAGAAACAAAAGAAGUUAUUGGUGCUCGGCUUAUUAGACGUUUGAGCAUGCGGCCAACACAGGAAGAACUUGAAGAAAGAAAUAUCUUAAAAAAACAAACAGCUGCAGAAGAAAAAAAAUUAAAAGAAGAAAAGAAACGCAUGUUGUUAAGAAAAUUAAGUUUUAGGCCAACAGUUGACGAAUUGAAAGAGAAAAAAAUUAUUCGAUUCAAUGAUUACAUAGAAGUGACACAGGCACACGACUAUGAUCGGCGGGCCGACAAACCAUGGACUCGGUUGACAACCAAAGAUAAAGCAGCUAUACGAAAAGAACUAAAUGAAUUUAAAAGCUCAGAAAUGGAAGUCCAUCAAGAAAGUAAACAUCUUACCAGAUUCCAUCGACCAUGAAUUUCACAGAUAUUCUCGCAUGUCAUAAAGCAAAAUUUAUAUAUAUAUUAAAAAGCAAGAAAAAAUAUUAGUCAGAAUUGGCUGGCUAUUAAUUAUUCUUGUUUAGAUAAAAAGUAGGUUUUAAAUACACAUAUAUUAGUAAAUUAAAUAUUUAAAAAUCAAUUAAAAUAUUUAAUAACUUGAUAAUGUAUUAAACAAUUUUUAUCAGGCGAUAGAAAAAAAUAUAAAUUAUGAUAAAUACUAGAAUAUCUCAUAUUGACGAGAAGCUUUUGUCCGUCCACAUAGUGAUUAUGUGCAAUAUUUAUUAUGCAAUAACUCCAAUAUAUAUUACACAUAUAUAUAAAAAAUAA